UUUCAUUUACUACAGCAGCAGCAUUUCUUUAUCACGUAGAAACUAAGAGAUGCUGUUGAAAUUGUCCUUCUUUCUCUUUUAUCUCAUUGAUUGAGAGGUUAAGAGUAAAAAACAAACAAACUGUCACAGCUCGGGGCAGCGGCCGUGUGAGGUGAGGAAAGGAGGACUCAAAUGCAGUACUUAGUCAGAUGUGAGGGUGAUUUAUUAAGAAUACCAAACAUAAAGUGGAGAUGGCAAAACUGAACCAAGGAUGAACUAAACUGGGAAAAACUAAACCAAAGUGCAGCAAACCUGAACAUGGAGGGAGGACAGCAGGGAGAGCACGCAGGGUGACACAGAGGAAGAACACAGACGACGCGACGAGGAACUGAGGGAAACACACACUAUAAAUACACAGAGGGACACUGGGCAAUCACAUACAGGUGGGAGACACAGCUGGACCUGAUUAACCUGACGAGACAGGGGAACACUAACACCAGGGACCAACAGAGGGAGCACAAAGGAGAGACGCAGAUGGGAAAUGCCUCCGAAACAUUUCUGCUCAUGUCUAAAAUAUCAAAAGACAAUGACUUCAUCAUGGGAACUCUCUACACCAUUUUUGGUGUGCUGUCGGUGCUUGGGAAUGGCAUCCUGCUGUUUGUGGCCUAUAGAAAGAAGUCCUCCUUGAAGCCAGCAGAGUUCUUUGUGGUAAACCUGUCCAUCAGUGACCUGAGCAUGACCGUAACCUUGUUUCCACUUGCAAUACCUUCAACCUACACACACAUGUGGUUGUUUAAUAAGACAGCCUGUACUGUGUAUGCCUUUUGUGGUGUUUUGUUUGGCCUGUGCAGUCUGACCAACCUAACGGUGCUCUCCUGUGUCUGCUGGCUCAAGGUCUGCUGUCCUAACUACGGUAACAAGUUUUCAUAUGUCCAUGCAUGCCUGCUGGUUGCAGGCAUCUGGUGCUACGCUGGAGUCUUUGCUGUCGGUCCCCUGUCGGGCUGGGGAGAGUACGGGCCUGAGCCUUAUGGUACAGCAUGCUGCAUCAACUGGCAUGCACCGAACUAUAAUUCUGCAGCUAUGAGCUACAUCAUCUGUCUCUUCUUCUUCUGCUAUAUUUUGCCCUGCACUAUAAUUUUUCUCUCCUACACAUUCAUCCUGCUGACUGUCCGUGGCUCACACCAGGCUGUACAGCAGCACAUGUCCCCACAGAACAAGAUCACCAAUGCACAAACGCUUAUCGUUAAGCUUUCAGUGGCAGUUUGCAUCGGUUUCCUGACAGCAUGGAGUCCAUAUGCUAUUGUGUCCAUGUGGGCAGCGUUUGGUAACUCAACAACUGUACCACCUAUAGCUUUUGCUGUGGCAGCUAUCUUUGCCAAGUCCUCCACCCUUUACAACCCUAUCGUCUACCUGGCUUUCAAGCCCAAUUUUCGCAAGUCCUUGUGUCGAGAUGUGGCGAAUUGCAGAAGGAGACUCUGUGGAUGUUUGUGCCAGGGUGGCUCUGCAGAGAAGGGAAUUUGCAGGCAGUCCCAUCACAAAGAAGAAUGCAACUCUACAAGGUUAUCCAAUGGGUUACCAGAGAACCACAGGACCUGCAGACACUGUCCUUGCCCAGAAACAGACAACGGUAAUAGAGAAAAUUUUAUAGACUACAGUCCUCAGCAAACCGCCAGGAUACUUCAAGGAUCCGUACACAGUGAAGUGGCUGUCAGCCAGCUCUCCAAUGAGAUGCAGAGUGACUUCCUCUAGAGGAACAAGUGGAACUAGACAACAAGUCACUGUAAAAAUGAAGUAUGAAGCAAAAAGUGGCACGAAUGAAGCCCAAAUAACAGUAAAUGCAAGUUGGGGGGAAAGUGAAAAUGUAAUCAAAAACAAAAAUGGUAAGACUGAUUAAAAAAAAAAAGUUUAAAACUACUUUCAUGCCUCAAAUAUGUGAUACUGCCAAAAAAAAAAAAAAAAGUGGUUAAAAGCCAAUACAGGAGGAUAAGCAAGCCAAACAUUUCACUGGUGUGUGCAUCAGCAUUUUAUCAGGUCAAAUUAACAAGUGUCAGCAACUAUCUGAUCGGUUCGAGUGUAAACUCAGACUCAACUAACCAAGACUGAAGAGUCACCAUGCAAGUCAUUUUACGCUGGACUUGGAGGGAGGAACUGACGAUGAAACUUCCUACUCCCUGAACCACAUUUUAUCUCUUUAUUACGAGUACUGUAUUUAAAUAUUAUGUAUUUAUGUAUGCCUCAAAUUGAAGGACCACAGGGUUAUUGUUGUUGUUGUCUUUGUUGUUGUAUCUAAAAUGAAAAGAGUGCUUUCACCUCAUUGUCGAGGACAAAUCAAAACCUCUACUCCUAUAGUUAAAGUAAACACUUUGGGUGUUAAUACAAAGCACUUAGGGAAAGAUUUGGCUUGGUGAGCCACCUUUUUGUCCAGAAGGUAUAUCUGCAGGGAGGAGAUGUUGUCUUCAAUUUACAUUUUUCCUAGUCACCUCUGUCCAGGCAAGAAGAUCGUGUUGGAGUGGAGAGUGUCAGCUGUUUAGGCAUUUCAGCCUUUUUUAUAGUAAGCCCUUUUUCAGUGACUCAAAAGUAAUUGGACUAACUAACAUAAUUUUAUUGUUUUCAAUACUUUGAUGAAAAUACUUUGCAGUCAAUCAUUGCCUGAAAUCUAGAACAUGGACGUCACCAGGUUGUUGAUUUCACCGGUCCUAAUGUUUUUCUGAUAUGUCCGUGUAGGUUCUCAGUAAUCCAGGUCAUGGUAGUCUAAGGAGAUUGGAAAGAAAGCAACUGGACUUCUUUGUGAAGAUCUUUCACCUGUCAUCCAAGAGGCUUCUUCAGUUCUGAACUUCAGAACUGAAGAGGUGAAAAGUCUUCAUGCAACAUCUUCACAAAACUUAAAGAAGUUCAGCCACUUUCUUUCCAAGCUCCUUAGACUAUCUCUCUGAUAGAUUUAAUAUUACUUUUUAGCCUAAUGUACAAUGAAAAUAUCGACAUUUAGAGUGAACAGCUACCAAAAAGCAUGUUCAGCAAUUAACUCCAAUUCUUUCAUCAGUCUUAAUUUGUCAUGUAGUAACGAUAGAACAGGUCUGAUCUGGGCAUGAAACCUUUUGACAGUAAAUCGUCCAGUUACAUUUGAGCCUCUAAAAUUGAGGGACAUAUAAAUUUGAAAAAAAUACAAUACAAUAAAAAUGACUGUAAUUUCUGAACUUAAACUUUAGGUUAUUGCAGUUACUUUUGUUAAACUUCUUGUCUGAUUUAAAACUCACCGUGAUGGUGUGCAGAGGCAAAAUUGCCAAAAAAAGAAAACACUGUCCAAAUACUUAUGGACACUACCUGUUUGGGAUCAGAACUACAUAUAAUUCUGUCAGUGAUUCUGUUUGGGUGGUUUUAGCAGUUUCUGAAGACCAGUUUGAAAGAGCAAAAAGAAAUUUCUUUGUGCAAAAUUUCUGCUGCAAAUGAAUUAGUAUCUUUUAUGACAUUAACUCUGGAAAAGACACAUUAAAAGGCUGAUUGUUGAUUUAUUUAUCUUGAAUACCGAGCCUGGGAUUAUAAAAUUGCCUUUGGGGGCAGAGCUGGAUCAUAUUUUCAUUCUUUUCAAAAGGAAGAAGGAAAAAUAAAUAAAUAAAAUGAAAAAAACAAAAACACCUGCAGCAUUAAGAACUUAAAAGCUUGUUUUUCAUAUUUUGGGUUAGGAUUUUUUUCAUGUCACAGAAGCAUCUCUACAAUGAAGCCCAACUAGCCAAGGAAAAAGUGAGAUGGUUAUUUGGUUUAAAACAAGCAUUUUAGGAAAACAAACUUUUUCAUGAACUUUGGUUGCCCUAAGGCUUGGAAAGAGGCUUUAAUUAGAGUACUAAAAAAAUGUUGUCCUGUUCCACAUUUCCACAAUAAACAGGUUAGUGUGUUAUUAUUCCUGGCUUCACUGAGCACCAAACCUGUGAGACUAAGACCCAAAAUUGUAAUAAAGCUGAACGAUCUUUUAAUCAGAUAACCUUUAAUGGAGCUUGUUUGUGUGUGCAUGAAAAGGGAGCAUAGAAAAAAUGUGUGGUUAUUUUAUUCUGUAGGUGAGUGUAUUUUUCUAAUGAGUGUGUGCAAAUUUGCUUUCAUGGGAAUAGUAAGUGUGCAGCUCCAGAGACAAGAAAGGAGAAAAAAAAAGACUGAAAUUGGCAGAUUUAAGAUGAUCAUCGAGCCAUUUUAACAAAAUGGGAGAAAAUAGCCUGCCUGUGGAUAGAACGCUUGCCUUUAGUAUUUCUUUUGCUUGUUUUUAAUGUGAGAGACACAAGGCAUUGCCUCGGCACCCAUCAACAUUAUUUUAAUUUAAAAAAAAGCAUAGUGAGCAUAGAUGAGGUUAACUGAAAUGUUUGUCCAACAAGCAAUUUUAUAACCCCUCCCCCCCAACAGCAUAGGCCAUCAACUCAAAAGUACAAAACGACCUGCCAUGGGCAAAAUUAAUUAGAUGUGCUGGAGUGCGACUUGUGAUUAACUGGCAUAACUUUGAUACCACGAUUCCUUUCUUACAGAAAGGCUGAGACCGAAGACUGCAGUUCUGUGCAGUUUACACACACACACACACACACACACACACACACACACACACACACACACACACACACACACACACACACACAAACUACAAAAGCA